AUGAUGCCUUCAGUGUUGGGGGCGAACGUCUCGCAUAUCACGCCUCACCACUAUCCUACCGACACCAACCUGGAGGAACUCUCAAGACAACUCGCCUUAUCGGAUUCGAUACGGCGCAUAGCGCGUGGCUCCAAUGGACAACGACCACCAGGCGCCAUGCGUGUGGUGAAGCCGAAGAGUGCUAGUAACAGCCCACAGGCCAUGAUGGCUCGACGGAGGACGCUGAUGAACGAUGGGAGCUCGGCGCGGCGGCGGCAGCAGCAGGCCCUGGACCAGGUUGUGUUCCAGCAGAUGCAGGACACAUCGUGCUAUACGAAUUACCAAGAACCCGUCAAGCGAACCAACCGCCCAGUUAGCUGGCACCCGAGCUCGCACUUCCAAGAACCGCAGAUGCAUAUCCCUGCGUCUCAGGCCGACUAUUCACAAUAUAUCAUGCCGGCGCCGGUGUCGUAUCAGCCCACAGACAUGUACUCGGGAUACCAAUACUUUCCUCCAACGCCAGCUGCCUACUCUGGGCACACAUCGCCGGCAUCUAAUUUCUCCCCGCUAUCUCUUCCGUACAUGGCUCCGUCUCAGUCACAAAGUGUACCGCAAUAUGUGGCGGCAAACUCGUGGAAUUCGGCAUCCCAGUUCGCCCCUCAGUUGUUCAACACGAAUGCAAGCCCCGGCACGACAGAGUCCUACCCGUCUUAUGCUGACCAGGCUUCGUAUGACUGGGACACGUUUGCCCCGCAAGGAUUCAAUUCUUGCAUGGCCCCUCCGACGCCGGACGAGUACCAGGCUGUUCAGCAACACGUGGCGUCAGUGCCACCGGAGGAGUCGAUACCUUAUCAGCCGCUCGAAGAGCCGGAAGAGGAGGGGGAGAUAUUAGUCGGGAUGGGACUAUAUGAUACACCUACCAAGACGGAGACAGACCCCGGACUGGACAACUACCGCACGACAACAUCACAACUGCUCGACACGACGUACCGGAGUGGGAAAGGGUGGAAGCUAGAAGAAGCUUGGGAGCCGCCCGCUAUAGAUGAGUCUGACGGCGACGAGGACGUUGAUGGAGAAGAGCAAGACGAGAAGGACAGGACGUCGGAGUCACCCGCGCCGCACCCAGCCUGGAUAUGA